CCUGGAGCCACUAGCCUGCAGAGUCCCCUGCCUUGACUUCCCCUCAGCACUCAGAUUCUGGUGAAACCUCCGCAACAUGAGCCACCAAAGGAGCUCUGGCACCUGGCACGCCCAGCCCAGCCCAGGGCUGCUGCUCCUAGGGCUGCUGCUCCUGCCAGCCGUGGUUGCGUUUGCCAGCGCCAGUGCUGACCCCGCAGAAGAAGACUCAGACCUACAUUGCAUGUGUGUGAAGACCACCUCCACAGUCCAUCCCAAGCACGUCACCAGCCUGGAAAUGAUCAAGUCUGGACUCCACUGCCCCAAGGCCCAAAUGAUAGCCACGUUGAAGAAUGGGAGGAAGAUUUGCCUAGACCCGCAGGCCCCAAUGUAUAAGAAAAUAAUCAGGAAGCUUUUGGGGAAUUAGCUACUAGCUGCCUAGAUCUAUACGUUUGCUAUGUAACUUCUUUUUUUCACUUUCAAUCCAACUCUGAAAGAAUCUUCUCAUGUUUACAUUAGCCUUCAUAUGCUAAAUAAAUAAAAUAAAUCAAGCUGCAGUAUGUUUAAAAAUAUUUCUUAAUAAUAGAGCAAAGAAAUAGUGCUAAUAGUUACAGUUUCAUAUGAGAAAAAUCUCCAGAAUUUCAUGCAAAAAAAAAAAAAAUACUUAAGGGAGGUUUGGUUUAGUAAAGACUGAUUUUCCUUAGAGUUAUAUGUUAGCUGAUACAUAAUGUACAUAUGCCUGUAUUUAAUCUCUGACCGUUUGGUUUUUUCACCUUAUGCACUAUCACCCAAAUUAUCUUUUUAAAGCAGAUACAAGUGACUUCCCUGACAAAAAUCUUCAAGGUCUUAACUCCUUAGCAUGGCACAUAGCUUGUGCCACACUUCCUUCCUUCCCUGAGCCUUAGUGUCCUUAUCUGUGAAAUGGGCAUUUUAUAAGUGCCUCAUAGAUUGUGGUGAGCACUAAAUGAGAUUAUUGGCAAAGCUGGGUGGUACACAUGGUUAAGAGCUCAACUGCUAACCAAAAUGUUGGUUGUUUAAACCCAAUCCAGAAGUGCCUUUGAAAAAAGGCCUGGUGAUCUGUUUUCAGAAGGUCAUAGCCAUGAAAACUGUAUGGAGUACAGUUCUACUCUGACACACAUGUGGUCGCCGUGAGCUGGAAUAAACUUGACGGCAACUGGAAGGUGAAGAAAAUGAGAUGAUAUAUGGAAAACACUUAGCAUAGUUCCUCAUAUGUAGUCUGUGCUUUAAAAAAACUAACAACUUUUUAUUGUUAUGAUUGCUAUCAAUAUUGUUCUCAAUGCACCAUCCCAGUCAGUUUGGAGUAUUAAGUAGGACAUUUAACAGAGUGACUGGAAUAAAAAUUUCUCAAAGCAAAUGAACAUUGGGGGAGAAAACUUUGGAAGUGGGGUAUGGGUGAUACGAUAGUUUUUUUACUUAUUUAGCUUUUGCUGCCUGCCUCAAACAACAUAUUUAGUUGGAUUCAAUAAUUAGUAGGUAUGACUCAAGGGGCCACAACAAAUUUUGCAAAGUCAACCAAUGCUGGUGUCUUGUUAAUCCUCCCUUCAGCAUUACCUGGGUCUAACUAUCCUGAAAACAUUUUCAAGUUGCUGCCUUUACCAGCAAGGGCAUCUGGAGAGAUUAUUCCUGCCAAGAAAAGCCCAAGUCAAACAGAAAUUUACUAUAGCUCCCUGCUGGGCUAACAUUCAUGGAGUGACACAGAUUGAACCUACUUAAACUUUUUUUUUUUUUUACUGGCUGGAAACAGCAGAAAAUGGCCCCAGACUAGGAACUUACUGUAUAAUUAGGCCAAGAUCAACAUAACAAAACCACCAAAAGAAUACUUUGCUUUUAGAGAUUGUUCUGUAGUUUUGUAAUGUUUGCUCUUUUUCUUUCUAAGGUCUUUGUGGUAAAACUGGUUUCCUCUUCAAUGUAUAGAACAUUGAGGGUUUGGUGGGUUUUAAAGAUAUAUCAGUAUUUUUUUCAUUAUAAGACAAUGAAUUCUCAUUAUAGAUAACAGAAAAUAAAGAUAAAAAUAAAGAAUACAAAAAUAAACCAAUUUCACCACU